GUUGCAACGCGACGUUGAGGCGUAUCAUUCUCUGAAUAAAUACAAUACCAAAACCCUUUCCGGCUCUAAACUCCAAUACUUGCCUCUGCCUCAUCGUCUUCUCUCUCUAUCUCUAAUGGCGGCGCAGAUGGAUCACGAUGCUGUGGCCAAGGCCUUCGUGGAACAUUACUACUCGACCUUCGACAAUAACCGUGUCGGUCUGGGCGGUCUCUACCAGGAAGCUUCCAUGCUCACCUUCGAAGGUCAGAAGAUCCAAGGAGUCCAGAGCAUCGUCGCCAAGCUCACCUCUCUCCCUUUCCAGCAGUGCAAACACAACAUCUCCACUGUCGAUUGUCAGCCUUCUGGUCCUGCCUCCGGUAUGCUCGUUUUCGUCUCCGGUAAUCUCCAGCUCGCCGGCGAGGAACACGCCCUCAAGUUCAGCCAGAUGUUUCAUUUGAUGCCGACCCCACAAGGAAGCUUUUACGUGUUCAACGAUAUAUUCAGAUUGAACUACGCCUGAAGAAGAAUCUCAGAUACUAUAUUACUAGAUGAUUUAUCUUGAGAACAAAGCAAGACUCUUUUGUAUUUGUAUUUGAAUGGGGUUUGUUCGUUUGUCAUUUACAUUCCAGUGAUUUGAUAAGACAAAUUAAAAUUGUUUCCAAUAUGCUA